GAAUUUCAUUAUAUUAUUCUUAUAAAUUUAUUUCUUAAAUUGUGCUGAAAUCAUCUACAUUAAAAUGAACAGAAAAUGAUAUGGCUAAAUAAAUGAGAAGAUAUAAAUAUAUAACUCAAAAUGUAUAAAGUCUAUUAUUUUCCAAUAAUGAAAGGGAAAACUACAAUAAAGUCCCUAAGUAUUGCCCGUAUAAUCGAUUUAGCCCUUAUAUUUUUUUUUUUGCAAUUUAGUCCUAAAUACCUGUAAACGUAAUCAAAACGAGAUAUUUAAUAGGUUAGCCGGUAUCCCACCUUACGUGUACAAGUGAGUUUUACCCUUCCAUUUCCACUGCAUUCGACGUCUGGUAAAUCGAUUGAGAGAAAAAGAUAGGGUUUUUACAGAGUGAUACACGAAAUAAGUAAGGUUUUACUGAGAGAAACGAAGGUAAAACCCAAUGGUUGUCGAAUCAGAAGAAGUUCGCCAUGAGUCAUCUGAAGAAUACGACUCUGAAGAAUACGAAGAUGAUGACGAGGUGCUCGAUACUGAGCACAUAGAUGUGGAACUGGAAGAAGAUGAUUUCAAGACACAGGGUAAAGAGAGAUGCAAGGAUGCUUUCCUUAACUUCAGUUCUGAUUAUGAAGAUAAUGAAGCCGAUGAAGACAAUGACUUAGUUGAUGAAGAUGAAGAAGGGUUUGGUUCAGAAGAGGAAAUCGAUGACACAGCAGGGGCUAAUGAUCUUGAUUUGGGAGAUGCGGUUGGUGCAGGCUUCCCCAUUCACGACCCAUCAGUUAAGUGGAAUAAGAUGAAGCCCCUUCUUGGUGAAAGGUAUGAAUCACCACAUCAGUUGCAACAAUGUCUCACUAAUUAUGCUAUUAAGUCAGGGUAUAACAUUAAAUUUGCGAAGUGUGACACUGUGAGAUUAACUGCCAAAUGUGGUUCUAAGAUGAAGUCUCAACCCUGCCCAUUCAGAGUUCAUGCUUCCUGGAUGACUCAAGAAAGGUCUUUUCAGAUUAAAACCUUAGUCGAUGAGCACAAAUGUGUUAGAAAUUUCAAUAUUUCAAAUUUACUGAGUCCCAGAUGGCUAGCAAGACACUUUUUGAAGGAGUUGAUAAUGAAACCUAACUUGAAGUGUAAGGAGAUGCAAUCAAUAAUUAGGACCAAAUUUCAUUGUGGUGUAUCUUGGUCUAAGGCUUACAGAACAAGGUGUAGAGCAAUGACCAUUAUAGAUGGUAAACUUACAGAACAUUAUGCUAGGGUGUGGGACUAUUGCCAUGAGUUACUAAGGUCAAAUCCUGGUAGCACUGUCCAAGUUGGUGUCACUGUAAAUCCAGAUGAAACAACAUACUUUCACAGGAUGUAUUUGUGUUUUAAAGCAAUCAAGGAAGGUUGGAAAAUAGGGUGCCGUAGGGUAAUUGGUCUAGAUGGAUCUUUCUUGAAAGGGACAUGUAAAGGAGAAUUACUCACAGCAAUAGGGAGGGAUGCAAACAACCAAGUUUAUCCAAUUGCUUGGGCAGUUGUUGACAUUGAAAACAAAGCUAAUUGGAAAUGGUUUUUGGAACUGCUCACAGAGGAUCUUAAUCUGCUAGAUGGAGGAGGGUUUACUGUAAUUUCUGAUCAACAUAAGGGAUUGCUUGAAGCAACCAAAGAAGUCCUACCAAAUGUGGAGCAUAGACAGUGUGCAAGACACAUAUAUGCUAACUUUAGGAAGACCUAUUCUGGAGUGGAGUUCAAGAAUAUGUUCUGGGCAGCUUCCUUAUCAACUGUAGAGAGUGAAUUUCUCAGGAAAAUGGAUGAUAUAAAAGAGGUUAAUCCAAAUGCUUAUGAACAUUUGAUCGCAAGAGAUCCUCACACAUGGUGCAGGGCAUUUUUUAGGACUGAUGUAGCAUGUGAGGCAGUUGAAAAUGGCAUUGCAGAGUGCUUCAACGCCAUCAUAUUGGAUGCUAGAAAGAAACCCCUUCUAGCAAUGUUUGAAGAAAUUAGGUUGUACAUGAUGGAUAGGUUCUACCAUAUGUUACAAAAGGCAGAAAAGUGGGAAUCAGUGGUUUGUCCAGCUGCUAUCAAAAAAAUGAACAAGUUUGGAGAGGAUUUGAGGAAUUGGAAUGUGAAUCCAAGUGGACCAUCUAUUUUUGAAGCCAGGAAUGGAUUAGAAGGGUACGUGGUUAACUUACAAAGCAGAGUGUGCAGCUGUAGGCUUUGGGAUAUCUCAGGAAUUCCAUGUGUACAUGCACAGUGUGCAAUAUUAUUCACUGGACAAGAUCCUGUUCAUUUCAUAAGUGAGUGGUUUCAUGUGGACAGGUUCAAGGCCAUAUAUGCAAACAAUAUACUACCUGUGAAUGGUAGAAAUUUAUGGCCUAGAACAUCAUACAUAAAGCCUCUACCCCCUUUAGCUAGAAGAAUGCCAGGGAGACCAACUCUGAAAAGAAAGAGGCAUGCCACUGAAUCUCAAGACAAAUACUCCCAAAAUAAGAUGAAGGUUACAGGAAAAGGAAGGACUGUCCAAUGCAAAAAUUGUCUUCAAAGGGGUCAUAACAAGGCAUCCUGUAAGAAUCCCAAGGUCACACCAGAACCCAAACCCAAGAAAAAAAUGGGUAGACCAAGAUUGGAUCCUGAUAUCAGUCAUUGGACUAGAGGUGGUGUAAGAGGUGGUGUCAGAGGUAGUAGAGGUGGUGCAAGGGGUAGUAGAGGUGGUAGAGGGGGUAACAGAGGUGGUGCAGUGGGUAACACAGGUGAUGUAGUGGCUAACAGAGGUGGUGGAGUGGCUGAAGUUGAAGGUGGUGGAGUGGCUGAAGUUGAGGAUGACACUAUUCCUGAAAAAUAUUUAGUCCAUUUAUGGAAGGCAAUGCAAGAUUUGAAACAAUCACGGUAUUCAACUGAAGAAAUUAAAAAGUCACUUAGUCUGACAGAUUCACAUAUGAAACAACUCAAUGAUUACAAUGACACUAUUGAACAAGUUCUUCCUAUGUCUAUGGAAGAGGAGUAUCCACCUCAGACAGAGACACAAGAUGGGGAUGAAGAAAAUAUCCCUGAGACACAACCAGAAAGUGAGGAAGAAGAAGAAGGCAUUAAUGACACCCAUGAAUUACCAGUACACCUUAGGAUUGUGAAAAAAAGAAGGCCCUCUGAGAGGAUUGUUAAAACCAAGCUGAAGAAGAUGGGAUGUGUUGGGACUUCUUCAAAUUCACCAUUGGAGUUGGAUUAGGGUGUUAGGGUGUUAAGGGUAGUAAGGGUAUUUUGGUACAUCUUUUGUGAAUGCUACUUUUGUGCAUCUUUUGUGAAUGCUACUUUUGUAUAUCUUUUGUGAAUGCCCUUAAAUUACUGAUAACCAUAUUUUGUACAUCUUUUGUAAACACAUUGAAACAUUGUGAAUGCCCUUAACAUGGUUGGUAAUGACAUAUUGGAG